AUGGUCACCGCCCGCUUCUAUAAGAAUAUUUCUCGCUGGAGAUUAGAAAGGCCUCGUGGCAUCAAACUAUCUGUACUCGAACAAAUCAGCGGAAGCCAGAGCUUUGCUAGUGCCGUCGAGCGCUUCUACACCAUCCGCACACAGAUGUUAAUAGGGUCGCUGAUUCUCUUCAUAUGGUCGCUAUCACCGAUCGGCGGGCAAAGCUCAUCGAGGUUGCUGACUAUUGCAAAAAAAGCCGACAACACAACCGGCAUAGUCUACUACGGCUAUGCAGACCUGAAGUACUCUGCGUUCAUAGGGGCCAGCAGUUGGAGUAACGAGAGGAGUAUCGUCACCAGCAUCUAUACGACUGUCCUCCUCUCUGAUCCGAAGUCCAAACGCUCAUGGUCAGACCCGUGGCAAAGCCCGAGGAUUCCCAUGUUGCCGCGCGCCAGAAGACAUGACACAGAUGGUUCGUGGCGUCAAGUCGACUCUACCGCUCUAGCACUCGGACACGACACGUACGCCUCUCUUGUCGGGCUCAAGCUGCAAGGCCUUCGCUUCGAGGAUCGAACAACUCAAUACGACUUCAAUGUUUCCUACUCGUACAUAGAGCUUACAUGCUCACAAGCGAGAAUCUUUAGCUCGGUAGAAGAGGCGGAUAGCUUUUUGAGCGACAAAAACUUCAACUUGACGGCGAGACUAUUAGACGAUGGAUGGGAUGUCAACUUCGCCAUAAAGGUGUCUUGGAACAAUGGCACCACCGACCAAGGCAUGGCGACAAACGCUUUGAAUCACGUUCCCCCAUUGCACCUUUCAUAUCUAAGCAUGAGCGGCGUCAGUGAGGAUUUUAGGUUCUAUCUCUUUGAGUGUGCACCUAUGACCAUUGACGUCGAGACAAGUAUGAUUUGUACCGAGGAACGGUGUACACCAAUACAGCAACGUCAGGUACCCAAUCCGAGGCCGUCGGUCCGGUCCUUUCCGGCUUCCAUUAACUACUCAGAGUUGAUGAGUAUCGCUAGGAUUCUGCCAACCCUGGCUGGUAAGACCCGCACGGAUAUGGCGUCUCCCACAGAGAACUAUAUAGCCGAUGAUGAGCCCGUAUAUGGACAACAGCCCCGUCGGAUGUGGAAUGACACCGACAUGGAAGUCUUCUCGGACCGGUUCACCACAAUUUUCAACACCGUCUGGCAAGCCAGUCUGGACCCACGCACGGUCAUAAACGCAUCGUUGACCGACCUGCCCAUCUUCGAGGACGGUGUUUUGCCUCGGGGAACCAACCAGACUUCAGCAAGAAUCACUUCCACGCGAAACGUCUACAGCGCGGAUGUGAUUUGGGCAACAGUCCUAAUAACGAUCACAAUUAUCCUCCAGGGUCUCGCUAUCGCCGGGUUCACACUGCAAUUUCUCAUCCGAGGCCCGGAUAUACUUGGAUUCGCCAGUACGUUGACGCGAGAUAACUCAUUCGUGCCUGUCGCCGGUGGUUCAACUCUGGGAGGCGCGGAGAGAGCUAGAGCUCUGGGCGACCUGAGGCUUCGUCUUUCCGAUAUACGGAGUGGCGAAGAUGGCUACAUAGCCGUGAAUUCCAUUCUCGCUGAACACGAGGGCGAGAAAAUUGGCAGUGCUGAGGGGGGUGGCAACAAUUGGAGAGUUUUGGACAAACACAGAGUUUACAUCUGA